UCUCUGCCUGCCAUGGAGCAUCUGGUGCUGGGCUUGGUGCUGCUGUCCGGGACCCUGGACACUGCCAGACCCCAGCACUGCCCAGACCUCAACCCUGUCAAGAAGGUGGCACUGGACAUGGCCCCCAGCUCCUUCGAUGACCAGUACCAGGGCUGCAGCCGCAUGAUGGAGAAGGAGCUGCAGGAGCUCAACCGCACCGAGUUCACCGACAAGGACUAUGCCAAGGCCUGGAAGGAAGCUGCUGCUAAGUGGCAGAGCAAGCAGGACCACAUCUCCCAGGUGCCAGCGCUGCGGCCAGAGCAUGUGGUCGCCCUGCUGGCAUACACCUGGGAAUGCAACCUGUACCAAAAGUUCAACGCAGCCGUGCGUGUGGCCGGGCGCUCCCGCGAGGAAUACCUGAAAAGCUUCAACUUCAAGGUGCUGCAUUUCCUCCUGAGCGAGGCCCUGCGUAUCCUGCGGGAUGCCCAGCCCCAAAAAUGCCACAACGUCUACCGGGGUGUCCAGGGUACCCGCUUCACCGCCCAGCAGCACCAAACCAUCCGCUUUGGCCAGUUCACCUCCACCUCCCUACGGGAAGACAAAGCCUUGAAUUUCGGCAAGGACACCUUCUUCUCGGUGGAGACCUGCUAUGGUGUCCUCAUCAGGAACUUCUCCUUAUUCCCCACGGAGGAGGAGGUCCUCAUCCCACCUUUUGAGAUCUUCAAUGUCACCAAAAUCACCCACAAUGGGGACAGAGCCUUCAUCCAGCUCCGCUCCCAGGGCGCAAGCAGCACCUACAACUGCGAGUGGGUGAAAGAGAAAAGAUCCAAUACCAUGGCGUGCGUCUUCAGCGCAGGCAGGAGCGUCCAUGGGGACCCCCCCCGCCUCUGGGGGUUCCUCUUGGCAGCCGCGGCCCUGGCAGCCGUCGUGGGAUCCUGAGCCGAGAUGCCACCGCUGCCACGGCACCAUGGCGAGGGAAAGGGGUCGGGAACGGGAGCCACCAGCUUCACGGAGCCAGCGGGACAGGACGGGGCAGCAGGAGGGCUGGGGGCACGGGGACAGCCCCGCUGCUCAGCCCUGCCAUGGUGCCACCGGCCCUGGGACACCCCGGCAGCCCCAGGACGCCAGCGGAGCCGGGACGAGACCUUUCCCUGGCUCCCACGGGAAUAAAGAUUUGCUCUGGGACUGGGGUGUCUCCGGGGGUUCCUGCGGCUCCCUGGGCUGGGGGCAGCUCGGGGGGGGGUGGGGGGGCUGCAGCCGGGGUCUUCUCCAGCCCCCUCACAUCCCCAGCUCUCCCGCAUCCAGAGCAUCCCGCAG